AUGGCGACUAGCUCCGAGCGCAGUCCUCCUCCUUUCCCAGAUUCGGAGGAGCAAGACAUUUUACAGGACACGGAGGAUGAAAUAGGACAGCAACAGCAAAGAGACAGCGACUACGGGGAAGACGAAGAUGACGAGCUGUUCAUGAGUACUAUCAGUGAUCCACCCGACACAGACACUACCCCCGCCGUCACCAGUCAAAACACAGACCCUUCGCUCGAGUCUCCCAUUGACGAUCCAAUGAUGGAGCUUGUGAGCGAGCCAUCUGACAGCAAACCGGCAGCCGAUGUCCUUAGCGAGCCUUCCGAUGAGUUUGAAGACUUGUCAAACACCGAAUCUGACACAAACGAUGAUCCCAUGGCAAAAACCGACACCACUGAUGACUUCUUUGACCUUUUGGGAAGCGAGAGUGAAAGCAAAAAGGCUGUGGCACAGAUGGAAGUCACGCAUACAGCAGAGAUUCAACUGGAAAAAGAGGUUACACCAGCUCUUGUUGAUGUUAUGCUGGAUUUUUCUCUCCCAGAGACGAAAUUGGAGGACACUGUGGUUGUUUUGGGAAGCGAUUCAAAUGCCAAAUCUGAUCUUUCAGUCCCCGAGACCAGACCUGUGGAACCAUUGCUCGAUUCUCCCCUGAAAGUUGAAGCCAAAAUGCAAAAUGCAGCUGUAGUAGAUCUAUUUGGGGAUGACGAAGAGGGCAGUGAUCUUUUCGCGGAGCCCAAAUUGUCCAAAGCUUCCAAGCUUCCACAGAAAAGCUUGUUUGAGGAAGUGGACAAUAAUUUAUUUCCUGAACCUUUGGGCGCAAAUGACAAGAAACCAGUGACUGUUUCAGUGCCAGUAGGCCUGGAACCAAAAGCGAUCGUGACCAAAGCAGAAGUUGAGGUGAGGAGUAAAGCAUCAGUCCUUACAGAGCCCGAUGACUUUUUCUCAGAGGAGACCAUGGUGACGGAGUCGGCCCAAAAGAUGCAGAGCGGAACCACGUCCAAAACAAACGGGCUUCAGGAAGAGGAGGGGGACAUAUUUGCAGAAGCCACAGUGGAGCUCUCUCUGGACAGCCCCCGAAAUGAGAGAAAGAGAGAGCCGUCUAAACCCUCUCCUCCGACAGCCCUGUCUGCAGCUGCUGGUCUGAGUCCUCCUGAGGCUCUGGAGGAGUUAGAAGAAGAGGAAGAAGACGACGACAAGUUUGAGAUUCAAGUUUCGGUCAAAGCACCGGAGAAAGUCGGAGAUGGGAUGACCGCGUACAUGGCCUACAAAGUGUUCACACAGACUAGUCUGGCCAUGUUUCGGAACCCCACGUUCUCAGUCAGACGGCGCUACAGUGACUUUUUGGGACUUUACGAAAAACUGUCAGAAAAACACGGCCCGAAUGGCUACAUCGUCCCUCCUCCACCGGAGAAGAACUUGCUUGGAAUGACAAAAGUGAAAGUUGGGAAGGAGGACUCUUCAUCUGUGGACUUUCUGGAGAGACGGAGAGGAGCUUUGGAAAGAUAUUUGCAGAGAGUAGUUUGUCACCCCACACUGCUCCAAGACCCGGACGUGCGAGAGUUUCUGGAACGAGAGGAGCUGCCCAGAGCAGUGAACACUCAGGCGCUGAGCGGAGCCGGAUUCCUCAAAAUGAUAAACAGAGCAACAGACGCCGUCAGCAAGAUGACCAUCAAGAUGAACGAGUCGGACGUGUGGUUUGAGGACAAGCUUCAGGAAGUGGAGUCCUCAGAUCAACAGUUCCGGAAGCUUCACGCUCUUGUUGAGUCUUUGGUCCUUCACAGAAAAGAGCUGUCCACAAACACAGCAAGUUUUGCCAAGAGCACGGCAAUGCUGGGCAGCGCGGAGGACAACACGGCCCUGUCCCGCGCCCUGUCGCAGCUGUCCGAGGUGGAGGACAAGAUGGAGCAGCUGCACCAGGACCAGGCCUCCAACGACGCCUUUGGGCUCGCCGAGCACAUCGCCGACUUCAUCAGACUGCUGGGAGCCAUCAGGGGCUCCUUCGACCACCGAAUGAAGGCGUGGCAGCGGUGGCAGGACGCUCAGUCCAUGCUGCAGAAAAAGAGGGAGGCAGAGGCUAAACUGCUUUGGGCCAACAAACCCGACAAGCUGCAGCUCGCCAAAGAGGAGAUUGCUGAGUGGGAGGCCAAAGUCACGCAGUACGAGAGGGAGUUUGAGCGAGUGUCAGCCACGGUGCGCAAGGAAGUCCUGCAUUUUGAGAAAGAGCGAACACAGAACUUUAAACGUCAAAUAAUGAAAUAUCUGGAAUCUCUGCUUCGGUCGCAGCAUCAGCUGAUAAAAUACUGGGAGGCCUUUUUACCCGAAGCAAAAGCGAUCGCCUGA